CAGACCAAAGAAGGUUUGGUGGAAAGCAGAACCUUGGUCUCCAACUAACUGCUCCUAAGCCUCACGCUCCCUUGCCCUGCGCGUUCUGUUGCUUCCCUGAUUGACUUUCUCUGUGACCUGUAGCUAAACCUUCCACCAGCGCUUGAGAACUUAAUUUGAACCGGAUCCUUUCCCAGACCCCUUUCUCCUCCUCCUCCUCCUCCUCUUCCACCUCCAGGUGCCCAACAGCCCCCUUCUCCUCCUUUCCCUUCCCUUCCCUUCCCUUCCCUCCCCUCCCCCUUCCCUCCACCUCCCCGUCCCCAUCCCCUUCCCUCCCCCCGCCCUAAGCCACCCCCGCCUCUGUCCUGGCCGCCUCAGGGCGCCCUGAGAGGACCAGGACAUGCCGGUGUGGUGGCUGCUCUUUUGGCUCCUCCUGCUGGGAUUUAUCAGCCAUCACCCCACCUAUGUUAUCAAUUCUCCACCUGAUCAUUUUCAUCCUGGGACUGACUUUUGUGGAAUUCCUUGGAUAGUUAUCAUUAUUGUGUUUCUGGGAAUUUCUACACUUGCUAUUUUCCUCUGGAAAACUAGCCUUUGUGUGUCUUUCCUCAAGACUGUCUUAAAGUCACAAAAUGUACAUGACGGAUCCACGGAUGUACAGCGGAAAGCCUGGAGGUCCAAUAGCCAUAGCCAGGAAGGAAUUAAAAUUGGCCUGGAAGAUCUCUUUACUUCACAGAGACAUAUGGAAGCCAAAGUUCGAGCUGAAGUCCAUAAGGUGACAAGGAAUGUCAACAGUCAUUACAAAAUCAAUGGACAUAGGAAGACUGCCAAAAAAAAGAAACUGUUUCAACGCAUGCAAGAGUUGCGGUGGCGGGCAGAGGACUACUACAGAUGCAAAAUCACCCCUUCUGCAAGAAAGCCUCUUGCCAACUCAGUAAGUUUGUUUGUUUUCCUUGCUUUUGGACAUAGUCUGCCAGGUCAGGACAUGGAUGUAUUUUUCUCCCCACAGCUCUGUGCUCAAGCCUUGCAAAGGGGGAAGGCAGAGAGGAAGGCUGCCUACAAGCAGCACAGGUGUCAAAUGAGGCAAAAGAAGAGAGUCCCAGAGAGACACAUGAGUCAGGAGCCAGUCCAGGGACGACUGGGCCUAGAGAACCCUUUCUCGAUGGCAGAUUCAGGACCUCAUUCGGUUCCCAUGAGGAACAGCAACGGCGUCCCAGCUGAAAACACAGAGAAGACAAAGGUCAGGAUGGUGGCAGUGGAGCACCAUCAUUCCUCAGGAUUGCGCUACCGGCCCUACCUCCCGGCUGAAACUUUAAGAAAAAGGAUAGGCCGCAAGCCACCUCCUCCUAUUCAGUGUGAUCUAAGAGGUCAACCACGUCCAUCAGUUAAAGGAUGUCUGAGACCGCUGACUCUUUCUCGACUACAGUGUCCACUAGGACCUCAACCACAUUCUACAACUGAUGAUUUUCUGAGAAGAGAGACACCUCAAGACGAGUGUGCCCUGGGACCUGAUCCACUUCCUCGAGCUGAUGAUUUUCCGAGACUCAAGACACCUCCCGAGGGUCUUUUCAUACCAAUUUCCCCUUCUCCAGUUGAUGAUUCUCUGAGCCUCAAGACACCUCCCGAGUGUCUUCUGGUACCCCUUCCACCUUCUCCAGUUGAUGAUUUUCUCACACCACAGGCACCUCCCAUCAAGCGUCGUCGCCUGGGACCUGUAGCAUUUCCUCGAGCUGAUGAUUUUAGGAGACCCAAGGAACCUCCUGACUGUUUUUUUGCACGCCUUCCACCUUCUCCAGUUGAUGAUUCUCUGAGCCUCAAGACACCUCCCGAAUGUCUUCUGGUACCCCUCCCACCUUCUCCAGUUGAUGAUUUUCUCACACCACAGGCACCUCCCAUCAAGCGUCGUCGCCUGGGACCUGUAGCAUUUCCUCGAGCUGAUGAUUUUAGGAGACCCAAGGAACCUCCUGACUGUUUUUUUGCAUGCCUUCCACCUUCUCCAGUUGAUGAUUCUCUGAGCCUGAAGACACCUCCCGAGUGUCUUCUGGUACCCCUUCCACCUCCAGUUGAUGAUUUUCUCACACCACAGGCACCUCCCAUCAAGCGUCGUCGCCUGGGACCUGUAGCAUUUCCUCGAGCUGAUGAUCUUAGGAGACCCAAGGAACCUCCCGACUGUUUUUUCGUACCACUUCCACCUUCUCCAGUUGAUGAUUCUCUGAGCCUCAAGACACCUCCCGAGUGUCUUCUGGUACCCCUUCCACCUCCAGUUGAUGAUUUUCUCACACCACAGGCACCUCCCAUCAAGCGUCGUCGCCUGGGACCUGUAGCAUUUCCUCGAGCUGAUGAUUUUAGGAGACCCAAGGAACCUCCUGACUGUUUUUUUGCACGCCUUCCACCUUCUCCAGUUGAUGAUUCUCUGAGCCUGAAGACACCUCCCGAGUGUCUUCUGGUACCCCUUCCACCUCCAGUUGAUGAUUUUCUCACACCACAGGCACCUCCCAUCAAGCGUCGUCGCCUGGGACCUGUAGCAUUUCCUCGAGCUGAUGAUUUUAGGAGACCCAAGGAACCUCCUGACUGUUUUUUUGCACGCCUUCCACCUUCUCCAGUUGAUGAUUCUCUGAGCCUGAAGACGCCUCCCGAGUGUCUUCUGGUACCCCUUCCACCUCCAGUUGAUGAUUUUCUCACACCACAGGCACCUCCCAUCAAGCGUCGUCGCCUGGGACCUGUAGCAUUUCCUUGAGCUGAUGAUUUUAGGAGACCCAAGGAACCUCCCGAGUGUCUUUCCGCACCCCUUCCACCUUCUCCAGUUGAUGAUUCUCUGAGCCUGAAGACACUUCCCGAGUGUCUUCUGGUACCCCUUCCACCUUCUCCAGUUGAUGAUUUUCUCACACCACAGGCACCUCCCAUUGAGCGUCGCCUGGGACCUGUAGCAUUUCCUCAAGCUGAUGAUUUUAGGAGACCCAAGGAACCUCCUGAGUGUUUUUUCGCACCCCUUCCACCUUCUCCAGUUGAUGAUUCUCUGAGCCUCAAGACACCUCCCGAGUGUCUUCUGGUACCUGUUCCACCUUCUCCAGUUGAUGAUUUUCUGAGACGACAAACACCUCCCGUCCAGUGUCACCUGAGACCUGUACCAUUUCAUCGAGCUGAUGAUAUCAGGAGACUCAAGAAACCUCCUGACUGUUUUGACUGUUUUUUGUUUUGUUUUGUUGUUGUUUUUUUUUUUUUUUUUUUAUUCUGUGGCAGGAAGGGGCCUGGUGUGUUGUUGAUUCAAUUUAUUGAUCAUUUUUACAACACAUAAAUUCAUUUAAGUAUUGAUUGUGCACCUAUCAUAUGAUACGCAUUUUUUCAUCACUCCCCCACUCCCAGAACCCUAAGCUUUUCUCACUGUUAGAACUCCUAGUUUAUUUGUAUUUCAGUCACUUUGACAUAAACUCCUUUAGUGUAGGUGCUUAGAUUAUUUUCACUGCUUAGCCCCCAAUGCCUGUAUAGAGUAAGCUUUUUUUUUUUUUUUUGUACCAAAUGCCCAAUGGCCAAUUUAUUCUGUAUCAAUAACAACUAGGCAUCAUUUUCAAAGGGCCAUAUACUGACAACAGACUGCCCAGAAAUUAUCUCCCUAUGUAGGAAAACUACAGAAGACAAGUUCUUAGACUUUUAAUGCCCAAUACAGUAGCCAUUAAUGACAGGUGACUACCGAGCCUUGAAAUGCGAUAGUCCAAAUUGAGAUGUGCUAUAAGCUUAAAUUACACACCACGUUUCAAAGCCAUAAGGCCAAAAACUGUAAAAUAGUCUAGUAAUUUUAUAUUUAUUAUAUAUUGAAAUGAUAUUUGGUAUUUUGGAUAUAUUGAGUUAAAUAAAAGUUAAAUUCACCUGUUUGGUUUUUUACUUUU